UCUGUGACAGACUCCUCACUCCUCAGAGGCUCAGACUCGUUCCACUUUAAUUUAUUAGUUUUGGAGAAUAUCUAGCGGUUAUCAAGACCGUAUAUUUUGGGAUAUUGCAUUUUCAAUCAAAUAUAGAUCCGCAGCUUUUUGUUGAUAAACAUUAGUACUAUUUAGGGUUGGUUCCAAUAGUUCAGUUUGUAGCUCCAAAAUCUAAAAUUUUCCUCAGUUUCUUCUUCUCAAAAGGCUUAAACAGUUAAAAGUGGGUGAUCAACCAAACAAAAUUAAGGACAGAAGAUAUGGAUCAGUACCCAGUGAAAUGCAAAAACAUGUGUGAUUAUGCUAGUUUAAAGGCUAUUAACACAUUAAUCAAGGAAGAUAGGUUCCUCCUUGUUCGAAACGUGAUUACUGUGAAGACUCCAUUUGGAGAAUUGCUAAAGCUGGAUCAUAAAACAAGUAUUCAAAAAUUUCUUGCCCUUAAUGCUAUCAAGGCAUGGAAUGGUGAAAAGCUUGUUAUUGGAGACCAGGAGUAUGAAAUUGAUUCGGAGUUGGUCAGAAAAUCAUUAAGUUUGUCUAUUGAUGGAACAAAAAUUAUAAAGCCUAAUAGGGAUGAGAAUCAUGUUCCCAUCUUCAUCAAACAUGCAAUACCACAAAUGUGUAAGGAUAGAAAUAGAAAGAAGUUUAAUAAACACGUGGUUGCUGUAUUUCGGUCAAUAGAGGAUGCGGGGGUGAUUGGCGAAUUUGAUGAGAUCGUUAAGCUGAGUAAACUUUAUGUUGCUCUGAUAUUCUCAGCACUGCUAUUUCCGAGAAGUAAGCGUAUUCCGCUUGAGUAUUUGUAUUUGUUAGAUGAUUCUCACUUUGACGACUUAAAGUCAUACAGAUUUGAUAUAGAGGUAGCAAAGUUUCUGAGGGAUGGCAUUCAAACAGCCAAGACUGCAAAAACUAGAUCUGCAAGUGUGAGCGGCUGUUUGCACAUCAUUGAGUGUUUAUACUCUCAAGAGAAACUUUCCAGGACUCUCCUGUUCAGAAUAAACGUGAACCACGGAAGGAAAACGAUGUAGAGCUAAAUGAGUCCACAGCAGAGACAGAUACUCCGUUGUCGUUAAAAAGACCAAGGAGUAAUACUGGAAACUUCUCUGAAGAGUAUCGUCUCAAAAAGGAGCCACGGCCAGAGAAUCCUAAGACAGAGGUUAUUGACAUUGAGGAUAGCAGUAGUGAAGAGGAUGUUAAUGAAGAAGAAGUAACUGACGAUGAAGUGCAGUCCAAAGAGGUAGCUAAGCCUUUUAUGACACUGAAAAGAGAGACUAUAACAUCAUCAUCUGAGUAUAUGAGCCCUGGUCAACUAUUUGAAGGACAUCAUCGCAGUGAUUGUGUGGUUCUAAAUGAUGGAAAAUGUGAAAAUGUAGGAGGCUUCAGUGUUCUUAAAUCACAUGCAAUGUUCUAUGAGAAAAUAUGGAUGAAAUAUGGCCAUAUCGCUUCGAACAAAGUUCUAAAAGACUCGUAUGCCCAAGUACCGGUUGUCUCAGGAAUAAUGACUACUAUUAUUCAUAUGCAUUAUUAUCGUUUUUCUGAUCUGACCUCCUGGAUCGUCGAGGGUUGGGAGGAUAAUAUAAAGAACGCUGAGAAACUCGAAUUCAACAUUAGGUGGGUUCGUGAGUGGUUAGAGGAUGUCAAAAAGGUUUUUUUUGGAAAGGAAAAGAUGACGGCUGCAUUUAUGGAGCAGGAUGAAUUCCUACAGACAGAAAAGAAAAAGUCCGUAGCAGCAAAGAAUGCAUGGGAGGAGGCAGAAAAGAAGAUUGUUGCUUUGGAAACAAAAAUGAGUCUCUUGACCAAGGAGAGGCAAGAGUACGAAGAGAAAGAUAGCCAAUUACUCUCCCUAGAGUGGUUGCAGUAAUUUGAUAAGCAUAGUUAGACUUUUUGGACGAAGCUAGAACUCUUUCUGUACUCAUUUAUCAAGUUUUGUUAAAAAUAAAUAAAAAGGAAAAAUCUGUUAUCUGGAAACACAUAAUC